AUGGCCGCCGAGAGAGCUACGCCACUGCGCCUGGGCAGCACUGCUCCCAACUUCAAGGCCGACACGACCCAGGGCCCAAUCGACUUCCACGAGUUCAUCGGCGACGAGUGGGUGGUGCUGUUCUCGCACCCCGAGGACUUCACGCCGGUGUGCACGACAGAGCUGGGCGAGUUUGCCCGGCUGCAGCCCGAGUUCACCAAGCGCGGCGUCAAGCUGAUCGGCCUCUCGGCCAACACGCUCGGCAGCCACGAGGACUGGAUCAAGGACAUUGACGAGGUCACCGGCUCGCUCGUCGGCUUCCCCAUCAUCGCCGACAAGGAGCGCAAGGUCGCGUACCUCUACGACAUGCUCGACUACCAGGACACCACCAACGUCGACGCCAAGGGCAUCGCUUUUACCAUCCGCUCCGUCUUCAUCAUUGACCCCAAGAAGGUCAUCCGCACCAUCCUGUCGUACCCGGCGUCGACCGGUCGCAACUCGGCCGAGGUCCUGCGCAUCGUCGACUCGCUCCAGACGGGCGACAAGAACAAGGUGACCACGCCCAUCAACUGGGUUCCAGGCGACGACGUCAUCGUCCACCCGAGCAUCAAGACUGAGGACGCCAAGAAGAUCUUCCCCGACGUCCGCGUCGUGAAGCCGUACCUGCGCUUCACCACCCUGCCCAAGGCCUGA